GGGGGCAGGCAGCAGAGCCAAAAGGGUACGGCCAGUAUUGGGUCCGCUGCAAGCUCUGCCACCAGCAGUUCACUGCGUCCUCCACCCGAGCGAUGGAACACUUCCUGCGGAAGGGGAAGCCUUGUCCAUACAGGAACGGGGAGAUCCUGCAUCUCCURGCACURAGGGGAGGGAAGAUUGAGGGGGAGGCUGCAAAGAAGAUGGUCCAUCAGUAUCGUGUACAGAAAGGGAUUGCAGAGGAUACAGGGAUGGAGCCGACUGGUGCAUUGGCGACAGGCAAAUCAGAUGAGAUGGAAGAGCUUCUCAGGCCGCCGCCUGCGCCUGGGAGAGAAGUGCGGGUUGAAGGGCAAGCAGCGGUAGGAGCCCCUGUGGAGGACACACAAGACAAAAUAGUCCGUCCAACAGCGGGGCCCUCCUUCCAAGCCUCCACAUCCGGGUCAAAGUCCACGAGAACCACACAGACCUCGAUCCGGAAGUGGGCCGAGAACGCAGCCCAGAAGAGGUUGGACACCCAAUGGGGGAGGGCGUUGUUCAGGUCCGGGGUCCCUUUCAAUUUCGUCAGACAAGAUGAGACGCGCGCCCUCCAUAACCUGUACAUGGAAUUGGGGGCCACCAAGGCGAAGGUGGACAUGCCGAUGUUCGAGACAGUCCGCACCGCCAUAUUGGAUCUUGUGUAUGACCAGGUGAAGGAGGAAGUGCGACCCGUGAUGGACAAGUGGGACAUUUCAGGCUGCACACUCAUCACGGACGACACUACUGAUCGAAGGUGGAGACCCGUCAUCAAUUUCAUAGGCGCCGGGGAAGGAGGAGCAGUGCUGAUCAAGGUGGUUGACAUGAGCCAUAGGAAGACGAAUGCGGCUGCCAUUGCCAAGUUAUGGGAGAAGGUAAUCCGGGAGAUCGGGGUCCAUAGGGUGAAUGUUAUCUGCACGGACAACGCACAAGUGUACAAAUGGGCAGCAAGGAUCCUAUCUCUUUGCAAGGAUCCAUACAUUGCAAGGAUCCCCUGGGUCCCCUGUGCUGCACACACCUUGAGUUUGCUGCUGAAGGGUAUCGAAAAACUCCCGUGGGUUGCUACGAUUGUGAAGAGGGCGAAGAUGAUGGUGAAGUUCAUCAGGAACCACCAUCGCACAGUGGCUUUGUUCUCAGCAUGUUCAUUGGAGGAAACGAAGACCCUCAUCAUGCCCACAGAAGUUAGGUUCACCUCAACGUAUCAAGUGCUUGAGAGGCUGUGUCACAGGGAUUGGGUGUUGAAGGAGAUGAUGGAGAGGGGUUGGAACAACAUCCAUUGGAGCACAAGGAAGCUCCGUCGAAAGGCGGAACGGAUAUUCCUCAAGCCGCCACGAAGUGUGAAGGGCAAGGAGAAGAUGACAAUGGAGGGAGAAGACGAUGAGGUGGAUGAGGUGGACAAGGAGGCGUAUGGGGAUGUUGAUGAUGAUGAUGAUGACCCAGACUAUGCGUUCUACAACCGCGGGCUCGAUGAGGAGGACGAGCAAGACAGGGUACGCGGUGUUCAUAACUGUCCUCCCCCUCCUCCAACCACUGGCAUCAUGGACUUGGAGGCCGAGGGAGCCUCACAUGAUGACCGGGAAAGGGCUGCGGCAAAGGCCCUUGCGCAAAGAGACUGGGCAGAAGUGCAGAAACGCAUCGAGGAGGAUAAUGCAAAGCGCUUGGCACAGCAGCCGCACGAGAAGCAGCAACUUGAAGAGCAGCAGCGGCAACAGCACCAAGAGGAUAAUCAGUACAAAGCGGAGCAGCAUCGCUUGGAACCACAACAGGAGGACGACGGGGAGCAGCAGCAGCAGGGGGAAGGCGUACGGGAGCAGCAGCAGCAGGAAGACGGUCGGGGCCAGCAGCAACAUGUCAUGCAGCAGCAGGAGCACAACGAAGAGGAUCAGCAGAAGCAGCAACUAGAAGACAAGGGGCACCAGAAGCAGCAGAACCAGCAACAACAGCCCCCACAACAGGAGCCGGAAGACAUCCUGCAACAACCGCUCAUCCUCCACGCCGCGAGUUGUCCCCCUCCGUUGACCCACUUGGAUGAAAGUCUCGUCCAUGACAACCUGGAGAUCAGAAGGGUCGGGAGGAAGUGGAAGAAUGACAUUGAACCUGCUGUUGAUCCAACAGUGAAGCGUGGGAGGGGACGACCAAGGAAAACUGCCGUGAACGCUGCAACAUCUGUCCUCGCCGCACCACCUCCACCAUCAACACGUCCAAGGCGCACUGCCCGAGCGACAAAGAAGCGGCACAGUCGGGUCCUCGAGGACGAUCCGACUGCGGCAGAGGACAACAGCGACAGGGAGGGGGACGACGAGUCGGACCCGGAAUGGAGCUAGACGGAAGUCUAGACGACCAACGCCUCUAGCUGUUUUGUUUCGUCCUGUCCGUCUUUCCUCUCCUUCUUUUUUCUUGUUCUUCAUUGUCUACUUGUUCUCCUCCCCCUUCAUUUUGUUGUAUGAUCUUAGUCUUCUUCCAUUCCUUGAGAACUUAUACAAAUGACUCGCACACUCGUGGAUGCCAAGCUCUCGUACCUUGAUUUCUGCCCCUUUGUGUCGCUCAAUUUCAGCAGUUAAAGUACUGUACUUGACAUUGUCAGAUCUAUGUCAUGGAAGUCAGGACCGAGGCCUGAUUAACAUUUGAGUUAGCUUUUGUUCUCCCUGAAUCUUCGUUACGAUUGAUUGUAGUGACAACUUGGCGCACAAAUCAAAGGUUUUGGUUUCG